AUGGAAUUGCAAGGGGACAGUAGGCGUAGAAGUAAGAAGAAAAAUUGGAGGCCGUGGUUCGAGCUCCCUGAGACUUUGCUUUGUCAAAUAACUAAUUGGUUAGGUGCUAUUGAUUAUCUCAUUUUUGCCUCUGUGUGUAGAACUUGGAGGCUGUAUGCUUUGGCAAACAAGCAAGGGUUUAUGGCAUCCCAACCUCUCCUUGUAGUUCUUUUCUUACAUCGGGGAUCGAAAAAUUUUUGUUACUUCUAUAGCAUUGUUGAUCAAAGGUUGUUCAAGGCAUUACUUCCUAGCCUUAUUGGCAAAGAGCUUUUUGGGGUUUGUUUUGGGUACUUGAUCAUCGUAGACAAGAAAAAGAUUUUAGGUUCUGAAAUUUGGCUUCUGAAUCCCUUUACGGGACAUGAACUUUUUUUUCCUAGCCCUCCCAAUCAGUUUCAUUAUGUCGCCCUCACUUCUUUAGCUACACCUUUGCCAGAGUUCAUAAUCAUAUGUUUUUCCCGUGAAUGCUUACAGUUCCGUAGGUCCACGGAUGUCAGCUGGAUUCAAUAUAAAUAUGAUAAUCCUAAUAUGAUUUACAGUUUUGCUCUCUUCAACGACAAGAUAUAUAUAUCAAAUUUUGAAGGCAUUAGGGUGCUAAAUCUGAAUCCUCUACAUCCUCAUUUGACCUUGUUGAAUAUAAAAAACAAUGCAAAUGUGUAUCCUAGAUUGUGGCAGUUACUGUAUUUUGAUAAACAACUCCUUUUGAUUUCUGGAUGUUCUGAUUUUGAAGUUUACAAGCUAAAUUUUUUGAAGAUGGAAUUGGUGAAGAUUCCUAACUUGGGAGAUCAAGCAUUGUUCCAGGUUGGCAGUAAGUUCUCAGCAAUUAGCAACAUAACAAGUUGGGAAGCUGUUGGGAUCCCGCCUUCUAAUAAUUGCAUAUACAGUACUUGCGAAUAUGAUUCUGACUACUCUGUGAAGUUCUUUGAUGGUAGAUGCCCCCAGUCUUUCCCAAUCUUGCGAGGAGAACGUUACAUACCACCUAGAUGUAAUAAAUUAUGGUAUUAUCCUCAUCAGUCUUGUCGUGUGGAUCCUCUCUGUGAAGACUAG